CCUCUGUAGAUUUGGUCUGUCCUUUUUUUUUUUCCUCCUCUCCACGCUUGGCUGACGGUUCUUCGAGUCCAGGCUUCAAAGUCGCGUCCACUUUCUUCAGUUAUGGCUGACCAGGCUUUCGUGACGUUGGCUACCAAUGACAGCUAUGCUCGGGGAGCCAUGGUUUUGGGAAAGUCCCUCCGCAACCACAAUACAUCCAAGAAGCUGGUGGCACUCAUCGGUCCACAAAUGUCAGAGGCUUGCAAGUCGGUGCUGAAGAGAAUCUUUGACGAGGUGAGGGUGGUGGACGUGCUGGACAGCGGCGACACGGCGCACCUGGCCAUGAUGAAGAGGCCAGACUUGGGCGUCACCUUCACCAAACUACACUGCUGGACUCUGACACAUUACUCCAAAUGUGUUUUCAUGGACGCAGACACCCUGGUGCUGUCAAAUAUCGAUGAGUUGUUUGACAGAGAAGAAUUGUCAGCUGCUCCCGACCCUGGAUGGCCUGACUGUUUCAACUCUGGCGUGUUUGUUUUUCGGCCUUCUGUGGAGACUUAUGGCAAACUGCUCCAGUAUUGUACAGAACACGGCAGCUUUGACGGAGGAGACCAAGGUGUUUUGAACGGCUUCUUCGGUGACUGGGCAACAGCUGAUAUAUCAAAACACCUCCCAUUCAUCUACAACCUCAGCAGCAUAGCCAUCUACACUUACCUUCCAGCAUUCAAGCAAUAUGGUGGCAAUGCCAAGGUGGUCCAUUUCCUCGGGCAGACCAAGCCAUGGAGUUACACCUAUGACCUCAAAUCCAAACAGAUCAAAGGAAGUGGGCACGAGGCCACCACACAUCCCACGUUCCUCCUGGACUGGUGGACCCUGUACUCCAGCGCUGUGGUGCCGAUGCUGCAGGAGCAAUAUGGAGAAGAGCCUUUCCAUUCCGGAUGUGUGGAGGAUGGGAGCUCUUCACUUGCACAAUCAACCGAACCCCAGAUGUCCUCAGAAGAACGGAAGCAGAAAUGGGAGCAAGGCCAGGCAGACUACAUGGGAGUGGACUCAUUUGACAAUAUUAAGAGAAAGCUUGAUACUUUUCUUAAAUAAAGAUGCAGUGAAGUGGGAUAUCAAAAGAGCACAUACAGUUUUCCUCAAUUAAAGAAGCAAUGAAGCGGGAUAUCAAAACUGCACUUGCAGUUUAACAAACUCACCACAGGUCGUUCAAGAAAAUACUGUAAAACAGCUUGUAUUUUUCCAUCUUAGCUGUUGCUCAACUAGAAAUAACUUGAGUCUCCCUCCACCAGCAUAACACCCCUUCCAUACUCCAAAGACGGUGCCGUUUAAAUGGGGAAUGAAAAGUAAAAUUUUCUCAACGGCCUUAAUUGUCUAUGCAAGACUGUCAUCAUUUUUAACCAGCCACAGGUAUCUCCUUCUAUACUGUGAAGAAAAUCAUGAAAGAUUUAUGAUAACACAAAUUCACUCUUUUCAAAGGUAUUUUGCAUUAUAGAUUUUGCAUAUUUUUUCCUUUUUUCUCAUGCCAAUACUCGUUUUGUUAAACGGAUAUGGCAACAAGUUGAGCUGGGUAUUGUUAUGUAUUGUUGUGGCCAAGAUUAGCAGUCACUUACAACUAUAAUUUUCUUUCUUUUUUUUCAUGUUAUUUUUUUUUACCAUGCACUCUUCUGAGCAUUAAUUAUUGCUUUUUUCUGGGUUUAUUUCUUGUGCUUUUGAAUUGGAUAAACAGCCUCUGUUUAACAUAGAUCUGAAACAUGUUUACAUCUAUAUGCCAUAGUAUGGUUAUUUUGCCAUACACUAUACUCUGUAGUGCCUUCUUGCGCUCUCUCUCUCUAUUGCAUCACCCCAUCUGUUCUUGACUGGCUGCCAGCUUCUUGAAUGCAGUCUAUGUGUAGGACAUUAGGAUUUAACUUUCUUGUGUUGCACUUAACAAGAAUGUUUUCUGUACCACAAAGUCUUUCAUUUGGAAAUAAUAAAAUAUCAGUA